GUCAUAAGCUAUUUCCAAUUUUAAAAUAUUUUAGGCAGAAGAAAUAAUCAUCUUAAUUUUGGUCACAGUAUGAAUAUUUAUGUUUAAUCAACAGCUUUUACCGUUUUGUUCUGGAACCAGAACUGAUGUCAGGGACGAAUGACAUUUCUUCUCUUGGACCAGUCGCAAAAUUCCUGGAUAUCCCUGAAUCACCCCUUCUAACCCUCAACAUGAUUACUCCAGAAGGCUGGUUGGUUGAAACAGUAUACAGCAACUGUGACCUUGAUAAUAUUCGCUUGAAGGAUACUGAGAAAACUGUUACAGCAGAAUAUGAACUAGAAUAUCUGUUACUUGAAGGACACUGCUUUGAUACAAUGACAGAACAACCUCCUCGGGGUCUGCAGUUUACACUAGGCACAAAAAAUAAACCUGUUAUGGUUGAUACAAUAGUGAUGGCCAAUCUUGGAUAUUUUCAGUUAAAAGCAAACCCUGGUGCUUGGAUACUGAAAUUACGCCAAGGAAAAUCUGAAGAUAUUUAUCAAAUAGUUGGGCACGAAGGAACUGACUCUGAACCAGACCUAGAAGAUGUAAUUGUUGUAUUAGACAGCUUCAAAAGCAAGAUACUGAAAGUACAAGUACAAAAAAAACCGGACAAAAUUAAGGAAGAUAUCCUUACUGAUAAAGAUGAAAAAACCCAAGGAAUGUGGGAUUCCAUUAAAAGUUUUACAAUAAGUUUGCGUAGAGAAGAAGACAAAAAGGAACAAGACGUUCUGAACAUUUUUUCAGUUGCUUCUGGUCAUUUAUAUGAACGCUUUUUAAGAAUUAUGAUGCUUUCUGUUUUACGUAACACCAAAACAACAGUGAAAUUCUGGUUUCUAAAAAAUUAUCUGUCACCAACAUUUAAAGAGGUAAUUCCUCACAUGGCUAAGGAAUAUGGUUUCCAAUAUGAACUAGUCCAGUAUAAGUGGCCCCACUGGCUUCAUCAACAGACUGAAAAACAGAGGAUUAUUUGGGGUUACAAAAUUCUUUUCCUUGAUGUCCUUUUUCCACUAGCAGUGGACAAAAUCAUUUUUGUUGAUGCUGACCAGGUUGUGAGACAUGACCUAAGAGAACUUCGAGAUUUCGAUCUGGAUGGAGCUCCUUAUGGGUAUACUCCAUUUUGUGAUAGCCGCACUGAAAUGGAUGGGUAUCGUUUUUGGAAAACAGGGUACUGGGCAUCACAUCUUUUAAGAAGGAAAUACCAUAUCAGUGCCUUAUACGUGGUGGAUCUCAAGAAGUUCAGGAGAAUUGCAGCAGGUGACAGGCUCAGGGGCCAGUACCAAGUCCUCAGUAAAGAUCCAAACAGUCUUUCAAACCUAGAUCAGGAUCUUCCCAAUAAUAUGAUUUACCAAGUUGCCAUUAAGUCUCUUCCUCAAGACUGGCUGUGGUGUGAAACCUGGUGUGAUGAUGAAUCCAAGCAAAGAGCCAAAACAAUUGAUCUGUGUAAUAAUCCCAAAACAAAAGAACCCAAAUUAAAAGCUGCUGCCAGGAUUGUCCCAGAAUGGGUAGAGUAUGAUACUGAGAUCCAGCAACUAUUAAAUCAUCUUGAAAACAAGAAGAAAAAUAAAAUUUUGACACACGACGAACUCUAGUAUUGAUGUAUGAAGAUGAAAGUAUGACAAGAAGUCUGCCACCUGCUGGGAAAAUGUGGAACUACUGCUAAGACUAUUAGGAAGUUUCAUUAAGAUCAGUGACAUAUUCUUCAAUUUAAAAAUCUUAAUUAUUUACAAUACAUGUACUUAAUGUAUUGAGUAAGCUUAAGUUAUAUAGGAAAUUAGCAUUGAGUAUUUAAAACUAAAUUGUUCCUUUUUCCUGAUUGCUUAAAACACUGGGUUUUUACCAGUUAAAGUUUGUUUUGCCCAAUAAUCCAGUAGAGGGUAUCUGACUAGUUAGCUGGUCCUUAUGGGUGUUUAUCAAACCAUCUGCAUCCUUUUGUAAUCCAGCUUUAUAUGUGUCCAUAUUUCCCUGUUUACAAAAUGCAUUUAAAAAAUUAAACUUAUUUUGUGCUUUUUAUUCUGAGAGAGAAAAAAGACUCAUGGUUAUCGCUGAAUAAGAGAAAAAAAAGCCCAUUUAUACCUUAACUAUUGCUUUAAAAUGGAAGUAAUGUUGCACUGUAGUCAUUUAUUUAUCUUAAACUAUAUGAUGUUUAAUCCCUGUGCUGUAUUUGUAUUUUUUCAAUGUUUCUAGUUUUAUGUCAUAAAAUGGUAAUUCAUGGGAA